AUGGAUGUACAAAUCCUUUCCCUGGAGAGGGUUAAACCAUCUUCUCCAACUCCAAACCACCUUAGAAACCACAAGCUAUGCCUAUUGGAUCAGCUCUUCCCGGUUGCGUAUGCGCCAAUCGUCUUCUUCUAUUCCUAUACUAGUUAUCGAGUUCUUGAAAAAAUAUCCGAGCUCAAGAAAUCGUUAUCGGAAACCCUAUCGCGGUUUUUCCCACUUGCGGGCACUAUCAUAGACGAUCUCUCAAUCGAUUGCGACGACCAAGGAGCCUCUUUCACCACCGCAAAAGUCGACUGUCGCCUAAACGACUAUCUCGGAAACCCUAAUCUUGAGUUGAUAGCUAAGUUUCUCCCAAGCGAGAUCACUACCACCGGGUUAUUGUUGCCCGUGACUAACAUCCAAGCAAGUGUGUUCGAGUGCGGUGGGAUUGCUAUCGGUGUUUACGUAUCCCACAAGGUUCUCGAUGGCACUGCAUUAAGCACUUUCUUGAAAUCUUGGGCUAGUGUUGCCAAUUCGCGAUUGUGGGGUUCUUUGUUCAAGAAAGGAAGGUUUAUAACCAAGAGAUUCGUCUUUGAGGAGCCCGCAAUUGCCUCACUUAAGAAAAUGGCAAACGGAUUGAGUGGGCCCGGCCCGGUUACACGUGUGGGGGUCGUUUCGGGGUUUAUAUGGAAAUGUGCAAUUGCUGCAUUUGAAGAGAGGUUCGGGUUGAAGAAGCCUUCUUUGCUCACACAUGUGGUGAAUUUGAGAAGAAGGGCUUCUCCGAAUUUCUCGGAGCACUCCCUUGGCAAUCUCGUCUGGGUUGCAAGCGCGAAGAUGAAAGCGCAUUUCAAAGAGAUUGAAAAUUUUGUUAGGUGUGAAGAUCAUGUGCAUGGUUUUAGCAUCACGAGUUGGUGUAAUUUAGGUUUGUAUGACGUCGAUUUCGGGUGGGGGAAGCCCGUUUGGGUUACGAGCAUUGAUGCGAGUGGCCCGUUUUUUAUGAAUCUUGCUAUUUUGGUUGAUAUGAGGUAUGGUGAUGGGAUUGAGGCAUGGGUGACUUUGGAUGAACAAGAAAUGGAUAUAUUGGAACAUAAUCAAGAAUUUGCAACUUUUGCUUUCUUGAAUCCAAGGUGA